AAAGAUGGCGGCGUCCCUUACGACAGGACGCGUUUUGACACUUUGCAAGCAGUUUCAAAAUGUUUGUAGGAUAUCCUCAACUGUAAAUGCACAGAAAUGUACCUCUAUCUUGAGCAAAUACCAGUCUACUCUUAACAGGGAAAAGUCUCCAUUUGUCGCCCUCUCUCGGUUCAGUCCCAGCAGCUCCGUGUCUCAAUGCCGAGCCCUUCAUACCACCAUUAGCAGAAGAGGAAUUGAAGAGUUCUUUGACCUUCCUGAGAAUUGGGGAGAAGCCACUGUGAAGUCAGGUGCACCAUGGACUGCCAAACAAUUGAGAACAAAGAGCAAUGAAGAUCUACAUGCACUUUGGUAUGUGCUGUUAAAAGAAAAGAACAUGUUGCUCACAAUUGAGCAGGAAGCAAAACGGCAAAGGGUUGCGAUGCCAAGUCCAGAAAGACUAAAGAAGGUUGAGCGGUCAAUGAUUAGACUUGAGACAGUGGUGAAAGAGAGAGAGACAGCACUGCGUCUGCUGCAGACAGGACAGGAGAAAGGCAGACCAGGCGCAUGGAGGAGGAACGUAUUUGGAUAUGUUUACUGGUAUCGAUUCAAAGAGUAUGCUAUUCCUUGGUACAUGAAUAAGCGAUACAAGCGAAAGAAGUUCUACACCCCCAAGUUUGUUGACCCCUACAUAAGGCUGCGCAUAGAGAAACAUCUCAGAGACAAGGCCAGGAAAGCUAAUAUGAAGAGGGACACUGAGACCAAACUUAAGGAGAAGUUUCCUCACAUGAAAAUUACUGCAUCAUGAAACUGAAGCAGUUUACAGUCUGUGUUUCUGAGAGCUGUUAGCCUGACAUCUGUUCACACUCAAGGCCUUCUCAUCAUAUGAUGUUAACAAUGGUCUGACUCUGACCAGGGUAAUUAACAGAAGGCCUGAACCUCUUAUGCUGUGUAGAUUUUUCAGUGUAUUUGUGCAGCUUUAAUCCGAUCCUCCAAGAUAAAUUAUACUUUGUCACUGUCAAUUGUUUGGUCGUUGUUUUCAUACUUAUUAAAAUACAUCUCAUAUCAA